CCCAGUACCGUGUGAGAAAAGGAAGAAUAGAGGGCAGCUUGUAGUGUUCAGCGGGGUUUGGUAAAGGGUUUGGGGUGGUGUUCUUGUAAAUUCUUUUUUUUUUUUUUUUUGCUCAUAAAGACUGUUGUUUCUAUUAACUAUCCUGGCGAGAGGUUGAACGGUUAAAAUGGAGGCGGACAGAUCCGGCGGAGGACCAAACCCGAACUCCGGAGGCGGUGGUAACGGCAAUAGCGGAGCGGGGCGCAACCCUAACGGGCCUAAAUCGGCACCGGGCCAGACGACAUCGGGUGCCAUAGUCGGGCCAAUGGCAGCGGCAGCCGGCGCCGUUCCCGGGUCGUUCCUGCCGCGAGAGGCGCAGGACGGGGACUCGGGUAUGACGCUUCCCGGGAUCCUACACUUCAUCCAGUACGAGUGGGGACGCUUCCAGGCCGAGAAAUACCGCUGGGAGGCUGAGAGGGACGAACUUAGGGCUCAGGUGGCAUUCCUGCAGGGUGAGAGGAAAGGCCAGGAAAACAUGAAACAGGACCUGGUGAGGCGGAUCAAAAUGUUGGAGUACGCCCUCAAACAAGAAAGGGCUAAACAUCAAAAGCUGAAAUCAGGAAAUGACCAGAGUCCUGGAGACAAGAAGCCUGAGAUGGAGGCAGAUCAAGUUCCCAACGGACCAGCUGAGAUGGACUCUGAGCCAGCCAAUCAGAUGUCCUGGAAAGAGGGCCGUCAGCUACUACGCAAGUACUUGGAGGAAGUGGGUUAUUCAGACACCAUCCUGGACAUGCGCUCUAAACGAGUGCGGUCCCUGCUUGGGAGGAGCAGCCCAGAGGCUAAUGGGCCCCCACCAAGCGAAAGCUGUCCAGAAACAGAACCUCGAGCAGCUGGAGAAUCCUUGUUGGUCAGACAAAUCGAAGAACAAAUUAAGAAAAAUGCGGGUAAAGAAAGCUCAAAGGAAAGUGGGGGCAGCUCUGUGCUCGAUAAGAUCCCCUUCCUUCAUGGCUGUGAGGAUGAUGAUGAGGAAGACAGUGAUGAAGAAGAUGAUUUCCAAGGCAUUGCUACCGAUUGCAUCGACGGCCCGUGCAAAAACAAAAAAUCCCGUGUAAAGAUAAGUUCAGAGCCCAUGACCACAGAUCUGGACCCUGAAGAUGAGGAGGACGAAGAUGACUCAGAGGACGCCCUGAAUGAAUUUGACUUUCUGGGCUCAGGGGAGGAUGGGGAGGGGGCGGGAGAGGCCCGGAUCUCGGGUGAUGGACGGGAGAUAGAGAACCGCAGGAACAAGCUGCAAGGCCUGAUGUCGGACUUUCCUCCUAAACCAUCUCCGCCCCCAUCUGUAUCAGGACAGGCUCGCUCUGGGGAAGGUGGUGCUCUGGGAUUCUCUUCUGACGUCUUUAUUAUGGAUGCUGUUGGAGGUGGCGACAUGAAUCUGGGUGAACUGGCAGAUCUCACUGUUGCCAAUGACAAUGAACUCUCCAUAGAUAUGCAGGACAACAGAGAAGACUUCAAGAAGACCUGGAAUCCUCGUUUCACGCUGCGCAGCCACUUUGAUGCCAUCCGGGCGUUGACGUUUCAUCCUAACCAAGCAGUGCUGCUAACUGCAUCUGAGGAUGGUACACUAAAACUGUGGAACCUCAACAAGGCCAUGCACUCAAAAAAGAACGCAGCUUUGGACGUAGAGCCCAUCUACACCUUCAGGGCACACAGUGGAGCCGUCCUGUCUCUGACCACGAGUGAGGAUGGGGAGUCCUGCUAUAGCGGAGGUUUGGACGGAACUGUCCGGUGUUGGAAGAUGCCCGACCUGAACGUGGAUCCUUAUGAUAACUAUGAUCCUGGCAUCCAGAGCAGCGUGCUGGAAGGCCAUGAGGACAGCGUUUGGGGUCUGACCUACUCUUCUGUUCACCAUCGUCUCGCUUCAUGCUCUGCCGAUGGCACGAUUCGUCUCUGGAGUCCUCAGAACUCAUCUCCCUGCCUGUCUGUCUUUAAUAAAGAAAGAGAACAUGGAACACCCACCUCUGUGGCCUUUGUGACCACCGAUCCCAACCAGAUGGUGGUCUCAUUCGACAGCGGUGAGACGCUGCUCUACGACCUCAACACGGAACAGAGCAUCGCUGCAUUAGAGACGCAGACAAAAGAUGGCAGUGAACUAAUUAAUCGCGUCGUGAGUCACCCGACGGAGCCCGUCUCCAUCACAGCACAUGAGAACCGUACAAUCCGCUUCAUGGACAACAAGACUGGUAAAGUUGUCCACUCUAUGGUGGCACACUUGGAUGCAGUGACAUGCCUCACCACAGACCCUAAAGGCACUUACCUCGUCUCUGGAAGCCACGACUGCUCAGUGCGUCUGUGGAUGCUGGACAACAGGACGUGCGUGCAGGAAAUAACCGCACACAGGAAGAAGUACGACGAGGCCAUUCAUGACGUGGCCUUCCAUCCUUCACAGCCCUUCAUCGCCAGCGCUGGCGCAGACGCACUUGCCAAGAUUUUUGUCUGAAUCCACUGUUGUCAUUUCGUGUCCUUCAACCACAACUGAGGAAGAAGAGGCUGAAGACGACAGUGGACCGAUUUCUCCUGCCCUCUCCCACACAAAGACACACACCCGUCCUGCAGCCCACUGGCUGGGUCGUCACCACAGGACAUCCACCCCCUCUCCCCCCCUCCACAGUUCUGAUGCCUCAGUGACUUCUUGUAAUACUAAUCAUAUCUUGUACUGCUUUUUUUACAACCUAAGAAUUAUGGCUGCUCUGUUUUCAAGUAAUCAUAUUUAAAAAAAACAACACUUUUCUACACUACACCCUCCUUUCUUUUUUUGUCCUCUCUCCUCUGCCUAUCUUUAUUACAAUCCACCCUGUGUAUAAUGCCGGUGCGCUCUUGCUGCUGACACACUACCCACAUUUCACCAACACAUUUGCACUGCCGCCUAUCAUUUCUGAUCUUCGUUCGACGAGGAAGUGCUUCUGGCGAACACACAGUAGUAGGUAUGACGUAACGCAGCAACGGCUGCAAGUAUUCACAAGGAACACCUGAUCCCGGCUUUGCUUUAGGAAUCGAUGUCUCACAUUCCAAAGACUCUGGGCAGAGUGUGUUUGUUUGGUUUCAUAUUUCAAAUUGGAGAAUGUUUAACUGUUUUAUGUAAUAUAUAUACAAGAUGGGGGGGCACUAAGCAGUAAAUGAAUAGCUUUAAUUUUUAAAUGACAUAAUUUGACUUCAUCCCGUUUUUAAUUCCUCUGUGUCUGCGUCUUUAGAUUCUGUCUUUUUGUGUGUGUUGCCCUUUAAAGGCAACACUUCCCACCAGAAACAACCCAAAUUAUUUCACAUCGAGCAGACUGAUGAUCUCAGACUACAUUUACAGGCUGACGAUAGAGAUUACAAGUACGGCUAAAAUCAGGAAGCUGUAGCAGCGGGAGCCUGACCUGUUUGCUCUCUACAAAUGGCACAGAUGCUGCCGUUUGGUGCUUUUUACUGUACAGUGGAGUGUGUGGUUGUGUGUGUGUUUGUGAAUGCACUAUUUAAAUCAUGGUGCUACAAAAAGACCUCAUCAGUCUUGAGUCUGAAUCAGGGACCUGGUUAUUGUGUUUCUGUGAGAUUGUUGUCACUUUUUAGGCUGUUUUGGUUGAGUCAUUCCAUUGACUGUGACCAGUCGCUGUUAAUGUUUUGAUUUAAGGAAUGUGAACGGUUUUGAUUGUUUCAGGCCUGAGGAAUGUGCAGGUCUGAUGCCGAGAAGGUGGCUGUAGUUUGUUUGGGGUUAUUGUUUGUUUUAUUCAUGGUUUUCAGUGUUUUAGAACAGCCAGAAGUCAUUAACCUUUUUGUUUUACCUUCACAGGGGCUAAUGACACAAAGAUGAGUUUCAGCUUCCUGUAGAGGCAUGCUUUGAGGAAUGUUGACUUAUAUACUUUUGGGGGCUUUUAAUGAUAAAUUUAAACUUUACUUUUAAAAGAUAAUUUUAGUGAUUUGUUUUUAUUUUAUUUAUUUUUUUUUUUUUACAGAUAUUGGGUGCAGGGGUUUCAAUUCAUUGGGGAUUUUCUUUGUUCCACACAAGAUUAAAAUGACAAAUAUAGACUGAAAACACACACAUCCCCACAGAAUGUGUUGGUAAACAUCCCUUUGCAAACGACAAUGUGAGCACCUUUAUCUGUUUGUUAUCAACAAACUAACAGUAUGAUUGAGACUAAAUACUUGAUCGCAAGUUUAUUUCAUUUGGUUGGUUUCCUGUGAUGGACCUGGCUUUUAAGCAAAUUUUAUAAUCUGAGAUUUUCCAGUUCUGAAAGUAACACACUGGAAGAUGGUGCUUCAUUUUAAAGGUGUCAGUGUUCACCCAUAACACAGUUUUUUAUGAAGGAAAGGGAAUCAGUGAAAAAGAGGCUAAAAUUCAACCCUUCAAGAAUUUAAAGGCAUGAACACUAACCCAUCUGUCAAGCAUGGUGUUGGUAGCGUGAUGCUGUGGGGCAGUUUUCUAUUCAGCAGAAUAAUAAAAGAGGACCUCCUUAAUUAUGUUCAGGUUUGCCUCAAAUAAAUAGAUGGUAGACAUCGGGAAACCAGUUGAUCUCUGAACUGAAUAUUUGAUCCCAAACACACAGUUUCUGAAAAUGAGAACUUCCAGAGCGGGUCUAACCAUGUUUGUUCAGAGAAACCAGAUAUUUUCAGGGAAGUUUGUAUUUUAUGGUAAAAGUUAUGCUGGAAAUUUGAAGAGAGUUUGGUUUCUCUGCAGAUUCCGAGGGGGUCAUUAUAUGAAUAGCUAUCUUAGAUACUGUAUAGGAAUGUUCUCAAUAGAUUCAAACUUAUCCUUCCUAAUUAUUUUCUUUAAAACUAGAUCAUUAAAAGCCCCAAGUUCUUGUAAUAAGUAUAAACUCUCUCAAACAAAUCAUUCGACCGGGGAAAACCUAGACAUCUCCUGGCUUUUAAUGGUUCUGUCUCUUCAGUUGCUGCUUUUACAAAAAUCUCUACUAAUACAUUUCUGCAUUUAAAUGUGUACAAUCUGUUUGCAGAAGACAAUAUUGGUUGCUUUUAAUUUGAACAAGCUAAACAAAGAUGUUGAUGAAUAACAACAAGAUGACAUUCAGAUGUGAUGUGGAUUCUCUAAAAUCCAGAAAACAGAGCCUGCCAGAUUAGAUUAGGAAUGGUUUUCUAAAAAAAAAAAAACAAAACAAAAAAACAGUUAAAACAUUGGAUAAUUAUUAGAUUAAGGUGAACUUUACAUUUUACCAAGGAGUCCUUAGUGGAGAAUAUUUAAACAGACCCCUAAAAUUUAACAGGGUCACAAUUUUGUUUGUGUUUUGCAACGCUGGAAUUGAAUACUAAUCUGUAUAUUUUUUUGUCCAAACAGGGUGUUGUAUAGAUGUGUGAGAUUAAAGAACAUGUCACUGCUGUUAGUUUAACAUGCAUCAGAAAAAACAAAUGAUAGAUAUGAUCCUCAGCAGGUCAUAGUGUUCUGUUUUUACACUUAACUAUUUACUUCAUCUUGCACUACAUCUAAAAGUGAAUGCUUAGUUUAGAAAUGAGCAGAUGGGGUGCAGAAAAGGUUUACAGGUGGUUUCUUCACCUGAAGCGAAAGCUCCUGUCCAUCUGAGCGAAUUAAGACAAAUCAGAGCGACGUAUUAAGAAAUCGGAAACAGGCCGUAGAUGAUAAGUAGGCUCACCAUUAUGUGCUGUAAAUGUCUAUCAUUUCAUUGCUUUCUUUCUUGCAUUUCAUUUUUUUUAAUAUAAAUAUGAUUAUUACGAUUUCAGAAUGCUGUAGUAUCAUAAGUGACUCAUUUUCCUUGCUAAGUAUAAAACACAAUUUUGGAUGAUGAUAAUGAUGAAGAUGAUGUAAAACCUGUAAAAAAAAAAAAUAAAAAAAAAAAGGCAAAAAUGGUUAAAAGAAAAAAUGAGAAGAAAAUGCUGAAAAUAUGUGGAAAAAUCUGUCACCAGUCAGAGGCCAAGGUAAAGGACUCCCGUUUCUGUGUGUUUUUAUUUUUUUAUUAGCAAGUUAUCACUGUGUGAUAUUUUGUACAUCAUAUAAAGCUGUAUUCCAACAAUUUCCUCUAACUACAAGGGAUGAGAGACCUGCUUUUUAUUGAUUUUGUCUUAUAUAUUUUUGAACCGCAUUCUGGCUCGUAUCAAAUGAUUCUUUUUUUGUUUACGGGGGUCA